GCCAGAAGUAACACUCCAAGGCAUCAGUACAUUUUGGUAUCAUCCUCAAGUAACUUCAGUUGGUGAACAUCGAAACAACUGCAUCAUACAACCAUGAAGGUAAUGAGCGUCACAUCAGCCAUUCUCCUGGCCGUGGUUCUUGUCUCGGCUGAACCAGAACCACCGCGGUUCCGCGGAGGUUCCUACGGCGCCCCUUCAGAAGUCGAGGAAGCACCGUACGCACCGUCCGGGUGGCGCCCGUCAGGACGUCAGUUCCUGUUACCCAUUCGACAGACCUACUACGCCCCACCGGCAGCUUAUGGAACGCCAACCACCGAGCAGGCGACCACCACCACAGAGCAGCCAACUACCACUGAAGUUCCCGACACAACCGAGCAGGCGUUAACGCCCGAGUUUGCUGAUGGCAAUGGUGCCGACCCUAGCAGGACCUUCAGGGAGCGAGAUGGCCAAAGUAGCGGUGCCUACCACAUCCUGCUCCCUGAUGGACGUCUUCAGCGAGUCAUCUUCACGACAUCUCCCAACCAGCCCAGCGGUGCCUUGGCAGCGAAUGGUAACCCCAGCGGUGCCUUCCCAGCGUAUGGUAACACCAGUGGUACCUUGCCAGCGAAUGGUAACCCCAGCAGUGCCUUCCCAACGAAUGGUAACCCCAGCAGUGCCUUCCCAACGAAUGGUAACCCCAGGGGUGCCUUCCCAGCGUAUGGUGCCCCUUCUCAAGGUUAUGUAGCUCAAGUCCAAUAUCAGGACGUAGAGCCCAUCCAGUCCCCAAUCUACGCAUUUAGUUCCCCUAUCAUUCGAAUAUUCAAAUAAAUUCGCCGUUGACAACUACAUGUAACGUUUGCAAAUACAUUCUAAUUAGUCGUCAUGAAUCACUGAAAGGGAAAACUAAUAUAAUUCUAUGAAACAAACUUCAGACAAUUAUAAGUUAUUAAAAUUAUUAUUAUUUUAAGCUGGAAUGUAUCUAAAUAUCCAGACCAUGCUGUAGGUGAUAAUUAUUAUUGCACCUGUUAUAAUUGGCAGAAUUUUAUUACGUAUAUUAAAAUUCUGCCACGGAACAGCCAAUAAAUGCAACACAACUUUUUUCCACUGAGGAAUUUCUAGCCGAAUGUUUACGAAAUUGUCCUCGGUGGUAUUUCAGGCAGAUAAUCAUCUGGAUGAAUAUUCCUAUGAUGAAUGAAGUGUUCUUGAUACUCUUUAGUUAAUAGAACUACUCUCUACGUAGCUCUAUGAUUAAUAUUAAUUAAAUUACAUCCAUAUAUAUAUAUAUAUAUAUAUAAAGAAAUAAAUCUAUGUUUGUGGGGUUAUGUCCCCAAAUUUGUAAAGCAAACCCAAAAAUGCACUUGACUUACUUAUGAAAAGAAGAACUGUGGUAUAUCAUUUCUUAUUUAGACUUGCUUAAAAUUAAAAACCCUCUCAGUUCUUGAAGACUAAUAACAAGAAAUUUAAAUGGCUAACGGUAUUUGCAAACUGUCCGCUUGUUGAUGUUUUAUCAUAUGAUGACGUGCACCUGGAAAUAGGAUAAUAGUUAAAUAUUACAUUUGUUAUUAAUGAUCCCAACAUUUCAAUCUAACACUUGUAAUCCUGUUUUCAAUAUUGUAACUUGUGAAAAAUGAAUAUAUAACUUCACGAAAGAACCAAAAUAAACGAUGUAAAUCAAAUCUAUCUUGAUAAUAAAUAUUGCAUUUCAACAACAAAAACAACAGCGUGCAUCAACAUUUGUGUAAUCACUAAUAACGAGCAAGUUGGCAUUUGUGGUGGUAACAAAUUUACUCAUCACGUAAAAUCUCGGAAAGCUAACAUUUUAACCAGUCUGUUUAUCAAUUUAAAUUUGAAUUUGUUUUUGGACACUCUGAACAGAAUCUCCUGUACAUAAAACCAAAAUGCGUAGUUUGUAACUCUUGUACGAUCAAGAUACCUAUUCUGUAAACUUCUCAAAAACAAGUCAAAAUGUUACUUGCUUUCCUGCUAACAUAAUACCAAGAUAUACAAAUUGUAAAUAAUCAUUAUAAAUCAUCCUGAAGUUGUAGAGCAUUAUUCACAAUGUCCAGUAAAUUCUAUACACACCCCCAUCCCAUUAUUCAUACUCGACUGCCGCAAUAAAGAUUAGUGGAGGGACAAAUA